CGCGUGUCACUCGCCUUGGCCAAACCCUCAGCGCUCUUUCCCCAAACAAAACAUCGUUUUCCUACGCUUGUGUUUGUUAAUGAACAUUGUGUUUUGCUACUUGACAUGAAUCACAUCAACGGAGUUGGACAGUCUGCGUGGACUGAAGGUGUGGCCUACCCUCCUCUUAGCGACGUUCCCGUCGUUGCCAAGAAUUACCGCCCAACGAAUCAGGUCUCUCUCCCUUACACUUACUUGGACGUUGAAGACAAUACUGUGGAAAAUUUCAACUAUGACUUUUCUCUCGAGCGCGGCGUUCUCGAGGAAGCAAAUCGCAUUCAAACGGAACGACAGCUUAUGGCCGCUGCCCAGGAUGUACUGAAGCGCAAACUGGAGGCAGACAAACUAGCAAAGCAAAGAAGGCAGGCCCCUGGGCUUGCAGUUGAUGGAGAGAUAAUGCAACCUACAUCAGCGUCCAGCUCGCCCGCAGCCUUGGGACGGACAGAUUUAAAACUCAAAACGCCCUCUCCAAUUCCCCCUUUGGAUGCUUCAGCUCUUAAUUCUCAUGGCCGACUCUCUGAACAGGAAGGCAAUCGAUUGGCAGGCUCAGUAUCAUCACUAUCAGAUAGUGGACGUUCCGGAAGCAAUCCAAGCGUAGCUGACAGUGCGCGGAAGCAUCCCGGUAUUGAUUAUCUGGAGUUUGAGCAGGGUCUCCCUCCCCCAGACCCUUGGCGCACGGAAGAUGAUGAUGACGACUUGCGAAUGCUAAAAGAGGUUAUGGGUGUUCCUGAAUCCAGAGGAACGUCAUCGGUUGCACCAAAUGGCAACGCUGCUGCUAGGAAAGGGAACGCCCAGCAGCGGUGGUCAGCCUUGCCUACCAGAAAUGCGAGGUUAGAUGCCUUAGCUGGUCAUCACUCUGUGACAUCAAGUCUAGAAUAUGACGAUGUUGUGGGCCGUGCAAGAGCCCUAAUGGCGGACCUUGGUCUUGGAAGCCAGUCGUCUGGUCCACCACCGCCACCAAAACCCGUUGGCUUGCAAACUAAUAACCCUGGGCAAUCGUCAUCGUCCAGAAAGCGUCAGUCCUUGCAGUAUCCUAUUCUCCCGGGAAUAUCGACCGGUUCUUCUGCUCAGAACCAACUGGCACUGGGGCAUGACAUACCGUCGGGGGUUCCCUUUGACAUGCGGGAUACAUUUCUGAGAAUUACCCAAAUGGGGUUCAGUCACGAGGCAGUUGAACGAGGUAUUAUAAAUCAUGCGAGGGACGAAAAGAAGAUUCUCGACUUUGCUAUUGCAUUUGAGGAGCAUCGGCAUGCAGGAUUCAAAGGGGAUGACAUUCAAGUUGCAAUUGGUCUAUAUGACCAUGACAUCGCGAAAGAGAGGACUUUCUUGGAGGCAUAUACAGCGUUGGCGGAGUUUGGCUUUCCAAGAGAGCGGAUACGGGAAGCACUAGUGAUGAAGAAUAAUGACCGAGAUCAAGCCCUCGAUUACUUAAUGCAAGAGCGAAAGUAAUAUACAGACACAUUCUAGUCAUUCCCCAUA